AUCCCCGCGAACAAGACCCUACCGUAGGACACCCCAGCAUGUUGGGCAACACGUUGCCCCCAAACACUAGCGCUGUGGUCAUCGACAUGGGCACAGGCACCUGUAAGGUGGGCUUCGCGGGCCAGGCCCGGCCCGCCUACACCGUGGCCACCAUCGUGGGCUGCCAGCCCAAGAGGCCGGCCACCAAGGGGCAGACGGUGCUGGAGACGUUCAUUGGCGAGGCCGCCCUGGCGCGCCCGCAGCUGACGCUGGUGAAGCCCAUCCGGAAUGGCAUCCUGGUGGACUGGCUGGCGGCGGAGUUUAUCUGGCGCCACCUGCUGGAGCACGACCUGGGCAUCGCCACCCAGGACCACCCGCUGCUGUUCUCCGACCAGCCCUUCAGCCCCCUGACCAACCGCGAGAAGCUGGUGGAGGUGGCCUUUGAGUCCCUGUGCUCCCCGGCCAUGUACGUGGCCUCCCAGCCGGUGCUGUCGGUCUACGCCCACGGGCGGGUCAGCGGGCUGGUGGUGGACGUGGGCCACGGGGUCACCACCACGACGCCCGUCUUCCAGGGCUAUCACCUGCCCCAUGCCACGGAGCGCCUGGACCUGGCGGGCGCGCACCUGACCGCCUUCCUGGCCGAGAUGCUGCUGGGCGCCGGCUUGCCGCUGGGGCAGCAGGACCUGGACGUGGUGGAGAGGAUCAAGCACUGCUGUUGCUACGUGGCGCCUGACUUCCAGAAGGCGCAGGCCCUGCCCGAGCAAGAAUGCCAGCUGAGCCUGCAGCUGCCCGACGGCCGCGCGGUCACGCUGGGCAAGGAGCUGUUCCAGUGCCCCGAGCUGCUGUUCAGGCCCCCGGAGAUGCCCGGCCUGUCGCCCGUGGGCGUCCCCGCCAUGGCCACACGGAGCCUGAACAAGGUGCCCCUGGAGGUGCGGGCACACCUGGCCCAGAACGUGCUGCUGUGCGGGGGCUCCUCGCUCCUCAAGGGACUCGAGGGUCGCUUCCUACAGGAGCUGCAGUGCAGCCUGCGCCCUGAGGAUGCGCACAUCGUUGCGGUGGCUGCCCAGCCCUCCAGGAACUUCUCCGUGUGGAUCGGGGGCUCCAUCCUGGCCUCGCUGCGGGCCUUCCAGUCCUCCUGGGUCCUCAGGGAGCAAUACGAGGAGCAGGGGCCCCACAUCGUGUACCACAAGUGCUACUGA